AUGCAUCGCCCGGCACUCACCAAUCGAGCAUGUGACGGAGGAAAACCGCAAUGUUCACUCUGCCAGCGGACUCGAACGUCAUGCUUGUACCCUCAGCGUAAAACACGUCGGUCUGCGCAAGAUCAUCGGAGAAGUACGAGCCAAAUCGGCACAUCUGCAAGUUCAAGGGAUGGCUCUGAGCCCUCCAUGCAACCUGUGGGGCAGCAGAGUGCCACACCAACCCAGUACACCACUUCGAGUCUCCCAGAAUCAACAGGGGAAGGGCAUAACCCGUCUUAUGACAACGCGAGAUGGGCAGACCAAGUUGAUAAUUUCUACUAUCUCGGAAGUCCUGUCAGCUUGAGCACAACAAGCCAGCUUGAAUAUACAUCUCCCACUGAUCAGGACAUGGUCGACUUCCUAACACAAGCACUCCCUGAUAUCUGGAUGCCCGAAGCUAUCCCGGAAUUUGGCUCUCUCGCAAAUGCUAUGAUAAUAGGAGACGGUGGCCAACACACCUUUCAAGCCACCGGUGCCUCCGAAAAUGCAGGUGCAGAUGAGUAUCAGACUGAACAGGAAGCUAAUUCCAUAACCAUUGCUCAUCCAGAAGCAUAUCAGUCAGAAGAGACAAAAUUUCACCACGACAGCCCCGCUCUUGAUGUACCUCGGGUAGUCAUUGACAAUUUGAUCGAUUUAUAUUUCCGAAGGAUACAAGUAUUCCUGCCACUAUUUCAUCAGCCUACAUUUCAGCAGACCCAUCUCCGAAGGAAUCAUGAACUUCAGUAUGUCAACUUGACCAAGACUUCAAUAUUCGUCUUGUAUGGAAUGAUGGCGUUAUCGGCUCGAUUCUCGUCAUUGUCCCAUUUUGAAGAUAUACCUAUGAAGGAGAGAGGCAGCCAAUUUGCACGCAAGGCACAGACUCUUUUCCACGAGACAGUUCAGGGAUUUGAGCAUCACGAACCAUCAUUGAUGUGGUUGCAAGGGUGCAUCCUCCUUGCUUAUUACAAUCAGUCGUGUAGGCCAGCCAUGGGAUGCGAUCUCAUGAUUUCCUAUUGCACGAGGUUCGCCUAUAGUCUGGGAUUGCACAGAAUUGAUGAAAACUCGCCCCCAGAGCCAUCAAGCGUUGAAGACUGGAUUAAGAAAGAGGAGCAAAGACGAGCUUGGUGGUCAGUCUGGGAGCUCGAUGCUUUCGACUCAAUAUCGACUCGGCGUCCUUUCUCCAUUGACAUACAUCGGAUGUGCGUUUGCCUUCCAGUGUCGGAUGAAGCGUGGUUUUCGGGGAAAGAGACCGAAUCUGCCAUUCUAAGUCCAGAUAUUCUCCAGUGCUGGAAAGCCCUCAGAAACUCGCCCAAUCAAGAUGAGCGUGCAUGGUUCUUGAUUAGCAACUUCAUCACAGUGCAGGCACUUGAGCUUUGCCAACAGCCCCAUAUUUCCAAAAAGACCAUCAGCGAUAUUGAAACGGUAGUGAGCUGCUUCUCACUGCUCUUUCACGAAACAUUUCGAGCGAGCAACGAUCAACUCAUUUUUGAUGAAGCCAAUUACGGAAAGAGCAACUGGCUGUUACUCACGAGACUGAUGGUGCAAGGCCACAUCGCAACCCGCAUGCUGACUCGGCGGAACUCAUCUGAGCCCAUACUGACUGGCACAAACCGCUUCCUUGGGAAAUCACAUGAGCCAUCGACGUUGGUCUUGCCCAGCAAAGCGGCUAUAUCAGCUACAAGCAUCGAGGAUUACAUACAACCUGCGACAGAAGCUUUUCGACUCUACCAGUUAUGGUCUCCGGAAUUCAUAGGACUCUGUCCGCCGCCAAUGGUAUGCAUAAUUACAGGGCCAGCAGCAAUAAUGCUUCGAUACGCUCGUCACAUGAGGAAGGAGCAGAGUGGCGGAGAAAAAGAACCCAGCAUUCAAGAGGACUUGUUGAUUCUGAUACUCAGCCACUUUGCGCGAUACUGGAAUAUCGGGCUACUUUUACUUGAUUUUGUGCGGGCCUUCUAA